ACACAACAGAAUCAGAGCGAUGCCAUCCGAAGGUGUUGAAGUGUUUUCAAAUCCCCUGGCGCCGCCAUCUUCUUCGGGUUCCUACACAUCUCAUCAUGGCGGAGGGGUGCCAGCAGCUUUGACCAAUGAAGAUUUUCGCAAACUUUUGAUGACCCCUCGGUCUGGGGUGCCAUCUGUAGCUCCACCGUCAACAAAGUCAUCAAGUCACAGCAGUAAGAGCGUGCCAAGCAGUAUCCAUUCACAUCGUAGCAGUAGAGAUAAUGAUGAUGAUGAUGAUGAUGCUGAAGUCGAAGGAGACGAUGAUGAUCCUUGGUCAAGAAGGAGGAAAAAGAAGAAAUAUUAUGCAAAACUCAAGAAGAUGGAGGAGGAAAGAGAGCAGGAGCUUGCAACUAAAUACAGAGAUAGAGCCAGAGAACGACGAGAUGGUCUUAAUCCUGACUACCAAUCAACAGACACCCUGAGCGCAACAGCCAAUUACAGAGCAGUUGGUCCCACAGCAGAGGCAACGAACACUGCAGCAGAGCGCCGUCGCCAAGCUAUCCAGGAGAGUAAGUUUCUUGGUGGUGACAUGGAGCACACUCAUCUUGUGAAAGGCCUAGACUUUGCCUUGUUACAGAAGGUUCGUAGUGAAAUUGCUGAGGAAGAUGAGGAAAAUGAGGAACUGAGUGUUAAAAAACCAAAACACAAGCAAAGGGACAAGGAAGAAGAAGAUGGUGCAAAUGAGAUUGAGUUUACAACAAAACUGGGUCAAAAGAUCUACAAAUCGCUGUUCAGAAAUCGGCCAGCAGAUAGAAAUGAACUAUUUCAGCCAGGGCGAAUGGCAUACGUGUUUGACAUUGAAGAUGAAUAUGCUGAGAGUGAUAUACCCACAACUCUUAUCAGGAGUAAAGCAGAUUGCCCUGGAAUUGAAACUCAAGCUACACUCACUACUAAUGACAUUGUCAUCAACAAAUUGACCCAGAUUUUAUUGUACUUACGCCAAGGCACCAGAGGAGGGAAAAAGGUCAAGAAGAAGGAUAAAGGAAAGGAGAGAGACAAAAAUGAUAAACAGGGACAAAAGAUAAGAGGGCCUGAAGCGGAUGAAAGUAUCUUUGGAGAAAUUGGGGAUUAUGAUCCUACUGCAAGCACAAAAGAGUAUGAAAAGAAACAAAAGGUGAAAGAAAAAGACAGAAAGAAAUCCAGGAAUUCUAGCAGUUACUUUGAGGAGUCAGCUAAAAGAGAGGAUGAGCAACAGUUUAGUAAAAAAGAUGUUUCUGCUGAGGAUUUUGCGAAGUCUGUCACACAGACGUUUGGCAAAAGGGAAAUGGAACAAAGAGCUGCAUGGGAUUCAGUUGAUCCAAAACGAAAGAAAAGAGACAAACAUGCACGCAAAGUGAAAGAUGCUAAUUACAUUCCAGAUAGCUAUUCAGAGUGUUAUCCAGGUGCCGUUGAUAUGCCUUAUGACAGUGAUGAGGAAGCAGAUUACAGUAAAAUGGAUUUGGGUAACAAGAAAGGUCCCAUUAAAAGGUGGGACUUUGAGACAGAAGAGGAUUAUCACAGCUACAUGGAAAGUAGGGAAGCUCUUCCAAAAGCUGCCUUUCAGUUUGGAAUUAAGAUGUCUGAAGGACGCAAAACAAGACGUGCUGGUCCUAAAGAUGAGAAGGCUAAAUUAGACAGGGACUGGCAGAAAAUUAGUCAGAUGUUGAGUAAAAGGAAAGGAGAAGAAGGGAAAGGAGACUCAGAUGGCAAGAGACGAAAGCAUAGGGAUUAAGCAACUUACAAAUUUGGAAGAUUAUUGAAAGUCCUCAAGUGUUUAUUGUGUCUUUUAGAAAACGCACUCAUGACUACAUUGCAAAAAAAUCAACUGUUAACUUUUUAAAGUAGAACUUUGGAAUUGUAAUUAUUAUAGUUUGUUAAAUCUUUGAUUAUUUUUUCUUUGGUAAGCUGUGACAAGGAUCUGGCAUUUAUCAAUUUAAGAUUGUCACAAAAUAGUCAUCCUCCAAAAUAUAAAGUUGUUGAUUUUCA